UGUGUUGAAUCAUAUUCCUGGAACUAUUUAUCAUAUAAUGUAAAGAAUAUAGGAACCCUGCAGUUUGCUGUAAGCUUUGCGACAACAAUAACAUUUACGGUGAUCCAAAUUUCUUUGCGAUUUUACCAUUAAAUUUUCCAUUUCUUAUUGGCAUAUUAUGGGUUCAUCCAGGUCAAAACUAGUGUUAAAAAAAGAAGAAGAACAACUUUUAGAAAAAGCCAGACAAUACGUGAAGAAAAACGGACUUGAUGAUAUACGUAGUUUCCACAAUGAACUAGAAGCUACAUGGGAAAAGUUUGAUUUAUAUUUUGCCGUAAUUGGAUCAAGCAAUUCAGGAAAGUCGUCAUUCAUCAACAACAUAAUAGGAUCUGAAGCAUACGAAGAAGUGUCAUCACUAAAUGACGUAUCACCUUCGAGGAAAACGUAUCCUCAUCCUAAACACCGAAAUGUCAAACUCUGUGAUCUUCCAGCCAUCGGAACACCUGAAAAUUCCAAUGUUGAAACUUAUUGCAGGAACAUCGGUGAUCUCAAGAAGUACGACGCGUUUCUAAUUUGUAGCAAAUCCAGGUUUACAAACCAUGAGAUAGAACUGGUUGAAAAAGUUUCAAAAGAGCUCCAAAGGCCUUUCGUCUGUAUUCAUACGUAUGCACAUAAAGACGUUAAGAACUCCGAAGAGGUCGAUGGAUUACAGAUCGACAAAGAAACUGCAAUGGAAGAAAUAAAGAAAUGCUGCUUAAAUAACCUUAAAGGUUUUGUAAAAGAUGCAACUGAUAUCUACGUCAUCGAAGACAAUGACAGGGGAGAAUAUGAUUUGGACUGUCUGCCUGAAGAAGUCAUCUUGAAGUUGCUGAAACGUAGAAAAGAUUACUUUUUGAAUUGCUUGAACCACGUCAUUUACAAAAACAAGGAAUUAACCGAAGUAGAAAGACGUUUAGCAGAAGCUACGUUUCACGUUAAAAAAUAUGGCUUAGUUGAUGUUGAUGAAUUUAUUCGAAAUCAAAUUGAAUCCUGGGAAAACACAGAAAUAAAUCUUGCAAUUACAGGAGAUUCUGGCACUGGAAAAUCAUCUUUUAUUAACUCCAUAAGAGGACUCAAAGCUUAUGAAAAAGGUGCAGCACCAGUUGAUGUUACGGAAGUGAAAAUACUGCCCACUGAGUACGUUUAUCCUGAAAAAAAAAAUGUCAAAUUGUGGGAUCUUCCUGGCUUUGGAUCAAAUGAAUAUUCGAAUCCCACAGAAUACUUCAAGAAAAUGCACUUGGAAAGGUACGACGCAAUCCUUAUCUUUUGUAAAGCACGAUUCACCAAUUAUGACAGAGAGCUUGCAAAAGAAGUUUCAAAAGAGCUCAAAAAGCCUUUCUUUUUUGUUCGCACCAACAUUCAUCAAGAUCUCAUAAACGCCCAGGAAGACAAAGGACCACAGUUUGAUGAAACAUCCGUCUUGGAAAAAAUAAAGAAAGCUUGUUUCGAGAACUUGAAAGGUUUAAUUUGUGAUGAAAAUGAUAUCUUCCUAAUUGAUAACGAAGUUACAGAGAAAUAUGAUUUCGAUCGUUUGCGCGGAGAUCUCGUCUCAAAGUUACUAGAACGUCGAAGUGAAAGUUUCUUACAGUCUUUGAACUAUGUAAUGUACGGAAAAGACACAACAAGAGAAGAUGAAAAACGCAUUGCCCAAAUUAAGGAUUACAUUGAACGUCAUGGCAUUUCUGGUAUCGAAGAUUUUUAUCAUCGUCAAAUUUGUUCAUUGAAAGACACAGAGAUAAAUCUUGCCGUAACAGGAAAUUCUGGAACUGGAAAAUCUUCUUUUAUCAACGCUGUUAGAGGACUUAAAGCUUAUGAGGUUGGCGCAGCUCCAGUUGGAACAGAAGAAACAACAAUAAAGCCCACUAAAUAUAAAUCCCAGAAACAUGAAAACAUCAUUUUCUGGGAUCUACCUGGCAUUGGAACACUUACAUACCCCAAUCUUGAAGAAUAUUGCUUAAAAAUUGGUGGUCUAGAGAAGUACGAUGCAUUUCUUAUUUUUUGCAAAACACGAUUCACUCAACAUGACAAAGAGUUGGCUGAGAAAAUUUCACAAGACAUCAAAAAACCUUUCUUUUUCGUUCGCACUAACAUUGAUACCGAAAUCAGAAAUGCCAAAGAUGACAAAGGACGACAUUUCAAUGAGAAGUCUGUUUUGGAUAAAAUGAAGGCAUACUGUCUAAACAAUCUGAAAGGUCUGAUCAACGAUAAGAAUGAGGUAUUCUUGAUCGACAACAAAGUCACGGAUAAAUAUGAUUUUAAUCGUUUGAUCGAAUCUAUCUCAGAUGCUUUACCACAUCGUAAAAUGGAAUGCUUUAUCCUUUCUAUUGACACUGUGACACGAGAAAGCAUAAAACGAAAGGCAAAUUUGUUGAAAGCUCGAGCAACAAAACUGGCUGGUGCAAAGUCAAAACGUGUUUCUAAAGAUGGACCAGUUUUCAACAUAGUUGUGGUUUGGAAUGAAGAAGGAAAUACCAUUAUUUGAAUAGAGACGACAUCCCGCUGUUGCUUUUUACCGACUGCUGGCAAGAAAACAACAUUCCAAUAGUCAAUAAUCUAGUUCAACGUCUCAUAUUUAAAACCCGUUUUAAUUUCGAUCAGAUCAAACUAUCCUUAUGCCUGCAAAGUCCUCAAAAAGAAAGUUUAAAUUCGCAAAAAAUGACGAAAAGUUUUUAAAUGAAGCUAAAGAAAAAGUUAAGAAAGAUGGGCUUGAUGGCAUAAGUGAUUGGUAUAUACGCCAAAUCAAGAAAUGGGAAAAGAAUGAAAAGGUGUUUGCUUUCAUCGGAUCAAACAAAUCAGGAAACUUCUUAAUCGAGGCUCUUACACCACGCAUCUCUGACAAAGAUCCUGAAAUCAAAUUCAAGAAUUUAAGAUCAAAUUCGACUUCAACGAAGCCUAGAUUUAGGAAGUUGGAUACAUUUCUUAUAUUUGUUAAAUCAAGACCUAAGAAAGAGAGGGCAAUUGCCAAGAAAAUUUUAAAAAAGCAUGGAAAGCCGGUCAUUUUCAUCUUUGCACACACUAAUGUAGACAAAGAUAAGGAUAGAAAAGAAAACGUUAAAGAUUUGGUAAAGGAUGAGUCAGAUAUUUACGUAAUUGACAAAGAGGAUAAUUCCAAACACGACUUUAAUCGUCUGCUUGGAGAUAUCGAGUCGAAGUUGUUGAAACGUCGAAGAGAUUUGUUUCUGCAAUCUUUAAAUGAGGCCGUUUUCUUAAACACCAAGAAAAAGAGGAACUCUUUAAACAAGCUCAGAAACACGGUGUUGAUAAUAUUCUGGAAUUUUACAGCAAGGAUUUAAUUUCAUUGUGGAUAGACACAGAGAUAAAUUUUGCUAUAACAGGAAAUUCCGGAACAGGAAAAUCAUCUUUCAUCAACGCUGUGAGAGGUAUCAAAGCUAGUGAAAAAAAAGAAGCAGCACUAGCUGGUGUAACAGAAUCAACUUCAGUUCCCAAUAAAUAUGUUCAUUCAAAUAAUGAAAACAUCAUUUUCUGGGAUCUACCUAGCAUUGAAACACCUACAUACCCCAAUCUUGAAGAAUAUUGUACAAGAGUUGGUGGUCUAGAGAAGUACGAUGCAUUUCUCAUUUUUUGCAAAUCGCGAUUCACUCAACAUGAGAAACAACUGGCUGAGAAUGUUUCAAAAGAGCUCGACAAACCUUUCUUUUUUGUUCGUACCAACGUUGACACCGAACUCAAAAAUGCGAAAGAUGACGAAGGACCAAAGUUUGAUGAAGCAUCUGUCAUGAAACGUACGAGGGAAAAUUGUUUGAAAAAUCUGGAAGGUUUGAUUCACGAUGAGAAAGAUAUCUUCUUGAUUGACAAUAAGGUUACAGAGAAAUAUGAUUUUCAACGUUUGAAGGAAUCGAUUGCUAAAGCGUUACCCGAGGAAAAAUAAGAGAGUUUUGUUGCUUCCUUGGAAAAGUCUACACAUGCAAUAAAAAGAAUUAAGGCCAACUUUUUGAGAGGUCAAAUACAAAUGGUGAUUGUUUUGUUUGUAAUUGCUGAAUCUAAUCCUGAAGUUUUUGUGGAACUGAUAUCGAUGGAAGUCAUUCGAUAUCAUCACGUAUUUGGUUUGUAUGAUCAGUUGAAAAAAUCCCUGAUGACACCUGAAGAAAUAGAUGAAUUGUAUCACAAAGAAGAAGAGCAUGAGAAAAAAAUACGAAGAAAAAUCGAUGAAAAGAUUCAGAAAAAGAAAUCUGAAGAAAUCAAAGAAGAGCUUAUGAAAGAUAAGUCAGUAGAAGAAUCACCAGCCAAAGUCAAAUGGGCGUAUGAUUAUCUUUUGAAUUGCAUCAAAAGUUUAGAAAAAAAAGCUUUGAAGCCUUACGAUGCGGCAAACAAAGAGGGGGAAAAUUCACAAACAUGAAAAAAACUUAACAGUCAAAAUUAUAUAAACAUCACAAAAUAUUUCUUAAUCGAAAGCACUUUAUGCGUAGUAAAUAACACAUAUUAUUCUGAAGUUCAAGUACCUAAUAUCACGUUUCUCGAGACUCGCGCGUGUAAUUUCUCUAAUUUAACUAAACAUGCCACUUGGCAAACACUCUUUUAAUUUCUUAAAAAUCAGCAAAAUGAUUUCUUUUAAAUAAAAAUUUAAUGCAAUAUAACUUACUCACCACUCUUGCACCCAAAACACUUUUUUUAAAUUCUGCAUUUCUCCUUCAUGGAUAGAAUUCAACCUUGUAAGUUGUUGGUUAUUUAAUAAAUAAUAAAAUUUAACAUCAAAACUCA